AUCUUUUUUUUUUCCUUCUAUUUACAGAUAAAAACUUAACACUCAUCGAAACUCGAAACUCGUUUUUAGUCUCUGCCAGAUUUCCCUUCUCGGCUAAACUUCUAAUCCUUAAUCGCGAGGGAAGAUUCGAUCUGGGCUUUCGUGUACUGUUUUGUCUGGGUAUUAAAAGGAAACGCCUUUUGUUACUUUUUCCAUGGCUGGGAGCGAUCAAGUUAACCUUAUCGAGAGCAAGACAGUGGUUCCUCUCAAUACAUGGGUUUUGAUAUCCAACUUCAAGCUAGCCUACAACCUCCUCCGCCGCCCUGAUGGAACAUUCAACCGCCACCUCGCUGAGUUUCUAGACCGUAAGGUCCCUGCAAACGCCAAUCCCGUCAACGGUGUCUUCUCAUUCGAUGUCAUCAUGGAUCGCCAGACCAAUCUCCUUAGCCGAGUGUACAGACCCGCUUACGCUGGCGGCGACCCGCCGAGUUUCACCGAUCUUCAGAAGCCGGUUGAUGGUGAAGUGGUGCCUGUUAUCGUCUUCUUCCACGGUGGAAGCUUUGUGCAUUCUUCUGCCAACAGUGCUAUCUACGAUACUCUUUGCCGCAGGCUUGUUGGUCUGUGCGGUUCCGUUGUCGUCUCUGUGAACUAUCGACGUGCACCGGAGAAUCGUUACCCUUGCGCUUAUGAUGAUGGAUGGACUGCUCUCAACUGGGUCAACUCUAGAUCUUGGCUUCAAAGCAAGAAAGACUCGAAGGUUCAUAUCUUCUUGGCGGGUGAUAGCUCUGGGGGUAACAUAGCACAUAACGUCGCGGUGAGAGCGGUUGAGUCAGGGAUUGAUGUUCUUGGGAACAUUUUGCUUAACCCUAUGUUUGGAGGAACGGAGAGAACGGAGUCUGAGACGCGUCUGGAUGGGAAGUACUUUGUGACGGUCAGAGACCGUGAUUGGUAUUGGAGAGCGUUUCUUCCCGAGGGAGAAGAGAGAGAGCAUCCAGCGUGUAGCCCGUUUGGUCCUAGGAGCAAGAGUUUAGAAGGUUUGAGUUUCCCCAAGAGUCUUGUCGUUGUGGCGGGUUUAGACUUGAUUCAAGAUUGGCAGCUGAAGUACGCGGAAGGGCUCAAGAGUGCGGGUCAAGAGGUGAAGCUUGUUUACUUGGAGCAAGCCACCAUUGGCUUCUACUUAUUGCCUAAUAACAAUCACUUCCAUACCGUGAUGGAGGAGAUAGCUGCGUUUGUCAACGCGGAAUGACAAAAGAAAACGCUCUCAUCUCACUCACUUGUAGUCUCUUUCACUAACAAACGGGUGAAAUAAGGUGAAAAGCCCGAGAUUCUCGUUUUUAGAAGCUCCUUGUAGUGAGUCUUAAAGUGUGGCGUUUAACUACUACCACAACGGUUGGGUUGGCGUCUGCGUUUGUGAACCGUGCGAAGCUGGAUUCUGAGAGCAAAGCAGGAAGAAGAACAGUGAAGGCGGUCAUGUUUUGGGUUUUUAGCGUUGUUAGCGUUUAACUAAAACUACAGCUAAAGUUUUUUUUUCAGCUUGCGGUUGAUAGUAACUCCGGUUAUGUUACUAUUAUGAUACUUUCCAGUAUAUAUAUCUUUUAUCUACAUAAUGAACAAAUAUAUGUUCAUAGGUGGUUGUAACUUUGAGAAA